CUCUAUAGGUUGCAGAGAUAUGAAGAUGAGGGAAUUGCUUGUGGGUUUUCUAAUUUGUGGAGUAUGUGAAGUCAUGAUGGGUGCAGUACCUAAGAAGCCUGUAGAUGUGCCAUUUCAAAAGAAUUAUGUGCCCAGUUGGUCCAGUGAUCAUAUCAAGUACAUCAAUGGUGGUUCCCAGGUCAAGCUUGUCCUUGACAAAUACUCUGGAACGGGAUUUCAGUCUAGAGGAUCCUACUUGUUUGGGCAUUUCAGUAUGAGAAUAAAGAUGGUUGGAGGUAACUCUGCUGGGGUUGUCACUGCUUUCUAUCUUUCAUCACAGAAUACAGAGCAUGAUGAGAUAGAUUUUGAGUUCUUGGGGAACAGAACAGGUCAGCCUUACAUUUUGCAGACAAAUGUCUUCACAGGAGGGAAAGGAGACAGAGAGCAAAGGAUCUACCUCUGGUUUGAUCCUACCAAGCAUUAUCAUACCUACUCCCUUUUAUGGAACAUGUAUCAGAUUGUCUUCUUCGUGGAUGAAGUGCCUAUAAGGAUAUUCAAGAACAGCAAAGAUCUUGGUGUGAAGUUCCCCUUCAACCAACCCAUGAAGAUAUAUUCAAGCCUAUGGAAUGCAGAUGACUGGGCUACCAGAGGAGGAUUGGAUAAAACUGAUUGGACGAAAGCACCUUUUGUAGCAUCAUACACUUCCUUCCACGUGGACGGUUGCGAUGCUUCGUCGCCUCAAUCGGCACAAGUGUGCAACACUCGUGGGAAAAUGUGGUGGGACCAGAAAGCCUUCCAAGACUUAGAUGGGCUUCAGUACAGGAGACUCCAAUGGGUCCGAAAGAAAUACACAAUUUACAACUAUUGCACUGAUAGAUCAAGGUUCCCUAGUGUCCCUCCGGAGUGUGCUAGGGAUAGGGACAUAUAGGAAGACAAUCUUUUU